GAUUGGUUGCGAAACGAAACAGAAAAGGGAAGCUUAAAAAAAAAUGUCACCCAAGGUGUAGGUAAGUCUUUGGCUUAGAUUUUUCUGGUCUUCUACAGCCUCGCAGUGCUGUUACAAAACAGGUCUUAAACCGGCGGUAGGUGGAAGAAGAAAAUGGGGUGCUUCUAUUCGAAAAAAUCCAAAAGAAAGUCUCCUGAAAAAGCGGACCUUACGUCGACAGAAGCCACUGCCGAAUCUCCGACAAACAACGCGGUUCCCCCUGGCAACAGCAGCGACGAGUCGCCGAAGCAGUACAGCUGGGACAAGCGUGAGAAGGUUGAUCCAAAGGACUACAUGCUGACAGGGCUCAAAGAUGCCACAGUGGGCCGUAUGCCUGGGAAACUGAAUGGACAACAGUUUGUCAUUCAAGACUGUGAAAACUGCAACAUCUAUGUGUUUGACCAUUCAGCAACCAUCACCAUCGAUGACUGCAUCAAUUGUCGCAUUGUGCUGGGACCUGUCAAGGGCAGUGUGUUUUUCAGAGACUGUAAAGACAUCAGGUGCGUUGUGGCCUGUCAACAGUUUCGCACAAGGGACUGUAAAAAAAUGGAUGUCUUCUUGUGCUGUGCAACUCAGCCAAUCAUUGAGUCAUCUACAGGUAUGAAGUUUGGCUGCUUUCAGUACUACUUCCCUGAGCUGGCAUUCCAAUUCAAGGAUGCCGGGCUCAGCAUUUUCAACAACAACUGGAGCAACAUACACGACUUCACACCUGUCUCUGGAGAAAAUAACUGGAGCUUGUUGCCUGAGGCUUCAGCAGUUGUGGAUUAUGUGCCUCUCCCAGACCCUGAGUCUGAAUUCAGGUCUCUUCGCAUCUCCACUGAAGCCACACGCAGCAUUGUGCCUUUAACAAAGGGAGGAAGAUAUAAGGACAGUGAGGAAUCCUGCCUCUUCAUUUUCUUUGCUGGGGAGUACGCCACUGCUAAUGCCCGCAAACUGAUUGAUGAGGUAACCACAAAAGGUUUUGUGUUGAUCCAGACCAAGGAAGUCUCAAUGCGACCUGAAGAUACAAAGAGAGUGUUUCAGGACACUGCAGAAGAUCUUGUUGACUGGGUUGCCAAAGGCCCAGUUAUUGCCCUUGAGUUGAACGGCGAUGGAGUUGUGGACACCUGCAAGAAGGUUGCCAAUGAAGUGUUCAGUGGAACCAAGGUUUUUGUAUCUGAUAAUAAAACUACAUCUUCUCGAGACGUCGACAACUUUUUCAACUUUGCUGACAUGCAGAUGGGCAUGUGAAAGCUUUAUCAUCCAAGCAAACUGCUCUUCUGAUGCUGAAACAGGUUUUUUUUUUUUUUUUUUUUUAAUUGUACCUGUCCAUUUUGUGUUAAAUAUAUACUGUUUAAUUAUUUGGCUUUUGUAUUGUUUAUCAAAAAUUCAGAAGGUGUUUGAUCAUUCAGAACAAUCAUGAGUCUAUAGACUAAAAUAUUUGCUGUACAUCAAUUAGUUGCUAUAAAUGCUGUGAAUAUUUAUAUUUUCUGUGAAUGUAUUUGAUAAUUCUGUUGCUUUUGUCGAUUAUGUGAAUACAGCUUUUUGCUGGAGAUUUAAAUCAUUUUAAUUUUGAGGUUUGUUUUUCUGGACUGCAGGGAAAAUACAGGAAUGUGCAGUGGAAAAGCCAUGGGGGGAAUAAUGCUUAGAGGAAAAUGUUUUGUAUGUAAAUCACAUUUUAAUACUUACAAAGAUUUACAUUUGACUGUGAUUUAUACAGUGAAUUUCCUCUAAUGUGUGCUGUGUGUAUUUGAAAAUGAUGUCUCGUGAUUUUUGUUUUUAGGCCAAAA